ACACAUGUACAAGAAGCAGCAGCAGGAGCAGCACAUCACCAAACACACAACUAAGAAAAUCAAUGGCCAUCUCACUCAGCUCGGAGCUCCUCUCCCAGCCCCAACAAUGGCAGCUCCUCCUCCUCCUGGCACUCGUCUCCCUCGUGCUCUUGAAGAGGAGACUGAGCAACAAAGGGCUCAAGCUACCGCCAGGCCCAGCCCGGGCUCCGAUCCUGGGGAACCUGCACCAGCUAGGCGUGCUGCCGCACCGGAGCUUACGGGAUCUUGCGCGGAAGCACGGGCCGGUGAUGCAGCUGCAGCUCGGCACCGUGCGGACGGUGGUGGUGUCAUCGGCUGAGGCGGCGCGCGAGGUGAUGAAGACGCACGACGAGGACUGCUGCACCCGGCCGGUGUCCCCAGGGAUGAAGAGGCUGUCCUACGGCCUCAAGAACGUUGGGUUCGCGCCAUACGGUACCUACUGGCAUGUCAUGCGCAAGUUCUUCGUGGUCGAGCUCUUCGGCGUGCGCCAUGUCGAGGCAGCAUGGCAUGCACGCCAGCAUCAGGUGGAGAAACUGAUGAGCACCUUGAGCGGCUUGGCCGGAGAGCCGGUAGCGCUCAAGGAGCACAUCUUAAGCCUGGCCGAUGGCAUCAUCGGCAUGCUUGGAUUUGGCGACAUGUACAACAGCGACAAGUUCCCACACCACAAGAACUUGGAGCACGUGCUUGAGGAGGCCAUACACGUGCAGGCCAGCUUUUCCGCCGAGGACUAUUUCCCCAACAUCGUUGGCCGCCUAGUCGACCAAAUCACCGGCCUCGCCUCUCGUCGUGAGCGGAUCUUCAAGCAGCUUGAUACAUUCUUCGAGGUCAUCAUUGAGCAGCAUCUUGACCCUCAGCGUGUCAAGCCUCGGAACGGUGACCUCGUUGACCGUCUCAUCGAUCUAUGGAAGGACAACAGUGGCACCCUCAACAUCACAAGAGACCAUGUCAAGGGCAACAUAUUUGGCACGUUCAUUGGUGGCUCGGACACGACGACGGCGACGAUUCUAUGGGCAAUGGCGGAGCUGACCCAGAAUCCACGACUACUGGAGAGGGUGCAAGAUGAGAUCAGGGCUGUGGUGGGUAGCAACGAGAGGGUGCGACCAGACGAUCUGGCCAAGCUAGUAUACCUCAAGAUGGUGGUAAAGGAGACCCUUAGACUGCACCCACCAGCGACGAUGCUACUGCCAAGGGAGGCCAUGCGGGACAUCCAAAUUGGGGGCUAUGACGUAUUGGCCAAGACGCGGAUCUAUGUGAACGUGUGGGCCAUUUGUAGGGACCCGGCAAGCUGGCCAGACGACCCGGAGGAUUUCAAACCAGAGAGGUUUGAGAGGAGCGAGAUAGACUUCAAGGGAGGGCAUUUCGAGCUAACUCCAUUCGGCGCCGGGCGGCGGAUAUGCCCUGCACUGUCUAUGAGCACGGCCACCGUGGAGUUCACGCUGGCCAACCUGCUAUACCGCUUCGAUUGGGCACUCCCCGAGGGGAUCAUGGCUAGCAUGCAGGAGGAAGGCAAGCUUAUCCCCCUCCUAAAGACACCGCUCUUGCUGGUGCCCACCCCAUACCAGCACAUCUGAGCACAACGAGGCAUGGCAUGACACACCCGAGAGAGAUCCGGUCAAAAUUAAUUUGCUCCCAUGUAUGGAGUAAACAUGCAUGUAAUCUUGUAACUCUUAUCUACUCUGUACGUACUACCAGUCUAUUACCUUGCAAUACUGGGUUUUUCUUCACAAGCUCCUCAGAUGUCAUUUGACUUCGAAAUUUUGCAUGAUCCUAGUGCACUUGACCAUCUUGGAUGCCUAAAGAUUUCAGUUCUUUUAAUAGUUUGUUUACUAUUAUUUCGGAAUUUACCGUUCAUUGAAAGUAGAUGAGGUUGGGCUCAUCCCUGGAUUACCGGUGCGGGUAAUUGGGGCUAUAGUACGUAUCUGACUAGUCCCCAUUAUUAAAACGGAGUAUGCGGUUGUGAUGGUACGUCGUGAUUUGAUUUGGUUCCGUACGUUUAUUUGUUUUCACGUUACUUACAGAGUAUCAUUCUUGGAUGAGAGAAUAUCAUCUUUUUGGAUAGGUGGAUAACGUUAGUUAUGGAAAGUAUCAUUAUUUAGACGAGAGGAUCACGUUAUUUAUAAAGGGUAUCAUUUUUUUGAUAGGAGGAUCACAUUAAUUAAGGAAAUUACCAUCGACCGUUGGACAGGACGACGUGCAGUUAGCUAGUUUGAGCUAAAGGUCGAAGUUGGAAGACCAGUGGUCAAACUCUGUGAGCAUCCAAUGCAGCAAGACAUUGAGCUAUUUUGUUCUCAUCCAGAAUGUGUUUGAAGGACAAAUCAUGAUGUUCACGCUCUGGAUGGUGCAGUGCAACACGGUGUACAAAGACUCAUCGAUGUCAGUCAAUGAACGGCCCACGGAACAAUGAUUCAAGCUGACACGGAGAUGCACUUUCGGUGACGACCACGUCGACCAAGGCCUGGCGCGACGACUUCGUACCAAAGGAUGGUGGAUGCUCCUUGUCUAACGCGACAGAUGGUGUAGCAGACAUUAUGAAUUAAUGGACGCGGUACAAAUUUGCAGGCUGGGUUCCACAACUCCACAGUGUUGUACGAAUUUGUAGUUUUUCCCACACAGGAAAAAAGUAAGGUGUUGCUGAUGGAUACAACUUUUUAUUGUAGAAGUGAAGAUCACGAGUCCAGCUCAUCGAAGAGUCAACAAAGUGAUGCAGAUCACGAGUGUUCGAGCAGAGAAUUUAUGUACUGUCAUUUUCUAAGUAAACAAUAGCAAACUGUUAGUGCUGUCUUCUUUUGUUUAAUUGAGUGUCUUUGUGGGAGACCGAUCUUCGCAUUUAGGGUAUGAGGAUGUUUCCAGCUCCAUUCACCUCUCCUCGCCCUAAAGACUUGCCGCUUACACGUGUUGGUAAUUUAGGAUUUGUAAUCUUUCUUCUACCUUAUCUCUUGGAGAGGCUUCUUGCCAUAAGUCUGUACUCUUAUAUAUACUCGCCCAUGAGGCGCAAUACAACAUUCAACGCAUUACGUGAAAUCUCUUCCUCUAUCCCUUCUAACAUGUUAUCAGCCUAACAAAUCAAAACCCUAGCCGCCGCCGGUUCCGCUCCGCACUGUAUCCGGGGUGGUCGGUGUCCGUAACCACCACCGGGGGGGCCAUCACCCGUGUCUAGGGUUCGUCCGCUGGUCGUGUUGACCGACUGCCCUAAAGAGUGUUUUUCCCGAUCGCCUAUCCGGGUCUUCUCUCUCGCUGGUCGUCUUGAUCGGCGUUUCAUUUUGGUUUUCUGAUCUAAGAUCGGCUUGUGUCGACCCUGCGCGGCUCUACUCCGACACCAGCGCGACCACCCGGCCUUUUCUCCGAUGAAGCGUCCUCGGGCGACGUCUGCCCACCCAUCGCUCUGUGUCGGCCGUCGCCGCCCUGCUCCGAGCAGGACACUCCUGCAUCACCUACCAUCUCCGUCGCCGCCGUAUGGCCGUGCCGAGCGUCGAUGCUGCAUUGGCCGCUCGGGCGCCGAGCGCUGGACGCGCUCGUUCGCACGCCCCGCCAGCCGUCGCCACCUUGGUCUGGUCGACCACCCCGCUUCACCGCCUAUGACGCCGUCAUCAUCACUGAGCGGCGCCCCUGACCUCAUGUGUGAUCGGAUUGAUCACCCGCUCGCCGCGAUCUGCUCCAUCCGCGCUACGUGACUGACCUGAUCAGUCGGUUGCACGCGCCUCCACGGGUCCUGUGAAGGAAAAUGGAAAACUAAAAGGUUGAAACGUUGAAAAAGAAAAAGGCAGAAUAGAAUAAACAGGACAAAC